CUAAAAUGAAUUCAACAAAUCUUAAAAAUACGGCUAACAAAAGGACUAUAAGUGCCUCUCCAUUAAGGGUCUCAUCACCGCAGGGCCGACAACUGACCACCAAAACAGGUCUGACCAACAACUCUGUUAAACAGGACUCUGUUGGCCAUAAACUCGCGUCGCCAUCGAGUGUCUCAUCACUCCGAAGGUCUACAAGAAUUGCGUCGACAGGCUCGGAAUCAGUGAAAUCGGACGAAUCCGAUGCUCAAGUGGUGCCCACCAGUUGUCCAUCAGUGGUGAGCCGUCCCUCUGAUACGGCCACCAGUAAUGAUGUGCCGACGGCUCCGGUCGUAAACCAACAGAAUUGUCUGAAACUGACGAUUCGUGUGCGACGAUUGAAUUCAUGCCAAAACAACGGACUAUCAAAUCAAAACACAAGCAAAAUGUCAAACAAUAGCAAUAUUUACGAUUCGGCCGACGACUCAAUA